UACUAAACGUUCCGGUUGCCCUGGUGACGGAUCCUCCACGCCGGGGCAGGGUUCCAGAGGCUUCAGUCAAGCCUCUCCCUCAUUCGGCCCUGGACCGCCUCGUCCCUUCCCCUCCCCCACUUCCUCAGAACCGGCCCGAACUCCCUCACGAAUUUCUGCAGGUGUCCAAGUUCCUUCCCCAAGCUGUAACUUGUAGGCAAGGCCUCAGCACAACGCCUGCUGCCAGGACUAGUCCACAACCAAGCGCCUUCUCUCCCUCGGGGCCAACCCUUCCCGGUCCGCUUCAGACAAGACCCUGACCUAAAGACUUGUAACAGACGAGACAAAGCCUAGAGAUGGAAGCAGACAAGGUCACAGAAGAGCCUCCUACCACCUUGGAUGCAGAAGAGAGCCUUUCUUCAAAGGACCCCUCUCCUGAGGACUCACAGGAGCCCCCCAUCCCUGAAAGCCCCUUAGAGCCUGCCCUCUCUGAAACCCUGUUAGAGUCCCUUGCACCUGAAUCUCCUGUGUUGCCCUCCACUUCCCAGACCCCUUUAGACAUCCACACCUCUGAAACCCCUGUAGAGCCUUCCACCUCUACCACCCCUUUAGAACACUCUGCCUCUGAGGUCCCUUUGGAGACCCUUACCCCUGAGACCCAGUUGGCAACCCACAUCCCCAAAGUCCUAGAUCAACAACUUGCUUUUCAGACUUCGUCACUAAACCAUGCCUCCCCUCAUAAUCCAAAGGAAGAUUUCUCUGAGUCUUCCUCCAGCGAGAGCUCAUGGGCAAAAAGGUCCAUCCACACCUCUGAACUUGAAGUCUUUCCAAAGCACUCCCUUUCAGGCUCUCCAUCCCAGGUCUACUUGGACACAUCUACAAAAGUGAAGGAAGAGGAAGAAGAGGGCGAGAAAGAGAUGGAUGUCGCUGACAGUAAUGCUCACGCAGCUCAGCCUGAACACCGGCUGGGCAAGAAGAAGGGGAAGAAAGGAGUCAGCCGUUACACCAUCCACCCAGUGGUCCCUGCUAAACAGGCAGACCUGGUGGACAUGGCUAAGUCAAUGCACAGAGAGAAGUUUGGUACGCAAGUGAAUUAUCUUUUCCAAUGGGAGAAGGAUGCAGCCCUGAAUGCCAUCCAAACAGGUCUCUAUAUUGGCUGGCGCUGCCCCCAUUAUCUAUGGGACUGUUUCCGGAUUGGGGAUGAGUCCAAGUGCUUUUGUGGACACUUGCUGAGAGAGCACCAGAUCAUCUCAGACAUAUCCGUGCCCUGCAACAUGGGCCAGUGCCGCUGCCUCAUGUUCUGCUUCAUACCAUCACGCCCAGAGGAGGUGGGUGAGUUCUGGCUCAAGAGACGGGCCACUUUUGACCCCAGGGCUUGGAGGGCCCAAUGUCGCUGCAAACACAGCCAUGAAGACCACACAGCUACUGGGUCCCAUUCCUGCAGGGUCAAAGGCUGUUGCUGCAGCUGCUUUGAGUCUAAUUUCCUCUGUGCGGCCUGUGACCGGCGCUGGGAGGAACAUGAGACUUUCUUUGAGACUGAGGAGACCCGGCGGCGAGGAGGGAGGCCACACGGAGCAGACUAUGUGCCUUUUGCAGAGAUGCCUACCCUCCGAGAAGCCAUCAUCAACAACUCUGACUUCAAGGCCCUCCAGAAGCAGGGGCUCUCUGGCCAUCCCAGCUCUUACCCUAGUCCCCCAGGGCUCCCUAGCCCAUGUGAUAUCCAGCCUGGCCUUCCAUCUAAGCCCCAUAUCUGA